AUGGCUUCCUAUGAGAAUGUUUCUUUUGCGGAUCAAUUAGCAUCAGUGAUAAUGUUGAACAUCAAACACAACCAAAAUUGCAUAGUUGACCUUGACGCAUCUCGCUAUAACGCUCUGAUUAUGCCUUUAAUCGAGCAUCUUAGAUUUUCUCCAUUGAUGAAGGCGAUGAGAAUGCAUGACAAUGUUUCUCUUGUUCAUUUGUACAAAGCUUAUUCAACGUCCAUCUACAUCAAGACCGAGGAAAUCAUUAACCUUGAAGUUUCAAGCUAUAGAAAUUUAAUCACGAAAGCCCAUUUCUACAAACUUUUAGGUCUUUUAUCAUCUGACGUAGGUGUUGAUCCUGACUCCAUUACGGAAACAAGCAUGAUCGAGAUGUUCUAUCAGAUGGGUUAUACAUUUGACAUUUCCUUACUGUCAAAUUUCCAGAAAACUUUCUUGUCUCUUAUCUGGAACAACUUAUUUUUUGUUCAAGAGUCUAUCCGAGAGGGUUUUGGGCUCUGA